UGGUUUGUUUAUAAAAUCUUUUCUUCACUUUUUCAUUAGAAAUGUAUUAUAACUUAUUGCAGUAUUAUUUUCACAGGUUUCAGCAGAGCAGAAACAUUCAAACAAUUUGCUGAUCAUUCGAACCAGGAAAUACAUUUUAAGAAUGAUUGACAGAUCUUCUUUCAUACCCCUUCCGGAAGUUUCAUCCGACACGUGUACUUGAUGAAGUGUAAUCAUCCUAUCAAUGUAUUAGAUACAGCUGAAUUAGAAAUAUUUUAAUUCUUGAAAAGAUAUUACGUUCUUGAAGCAUCCAUCCCGAGACAAAUUGCUUCAUAAAUCGAGCCCGUAACAGGAUCACACUCAAAACACUGUGACAAAAUCUUCUCAGAAGGAAGGAAAACUCUUGAAAAAUGCGUGCAAUGACGUAGAGGGUGUGAAAAGUUGGACUCCUGUUCAUCCUUUCAUGGUGCACGUGUUCGUUUGAUCUAAUUCUGAUGCGUUUCUAACAAUGGACGUAUAUUCCGCAACAGUGUCACGCCACUGACAGAAAUUACGCAAUUUCGUCACAGAGAUUUCCAGCUUUUUCAAUGGUUAACAGAAAAUGACAAUUAAAAGGAAGUUGCAAGUGUACCUGUUACAUUAUUUAUUUGAAUUAUACCGCGCUUCGUAUUGGGUAACGCGAUCUAUCCGUCGACCAAUCAGAAUAAUCGAUCUAUUCCCGCGGUCGAUCGCGUUCGAAACUUCCUCAGUAUCGUUUGCGCGUCGGUCGGGUUAACAUCGUUUUGACGGUAGUGAAAAUAAAUUCUUUUUUACUGUGCUCAUGGAGUUACAAAUGCAGUAAGUGCAGAAAAUAUCAAAGGAAAAGGUUGGGGAAAAGCAGAUCUACUUUCUGGAAUGUUUUCGACCAGGGUUCAUCAACCUCUUCAACGAAAAUUAUAUAGUGUAUAAAAGUACGUUUUAAUCGCAUUAAUAAAUGUUAUAUCUUGUUGCAUUGUAUAGUGAUUUAAAAAAGAGAAGUCACUAUUUGCAAAUAGUGCAUAACACGUUUAUACACGUUUCGUACUGCGCAAGAAGCGGGAGAGGUAGCAAAUCGGAUAGUUGCGUGCUGUUUUAUUCGGUGUUUGCUUCCUGUUUGUGAACUUCUUAAAAACUACUUACGUUUAUCUUACAUUUGACGAAGUCUUGUGUGCUUGUGCACCCGACAAAAAUUUUUUACUGUAUAAUGGGUUAAUAUUUUAGCUUUUACAUUGGAAUGUUAUAUGACAUCUUAUAAAACACAUGGCAGACCAGGAUAGUACAAAUUAUCAUGCACUUUGUGCAAAUGAUGAUGAUGAAAUUGAUGGUCUAAACAAGAGGUUGUUACAGUUGUUGUCUGCGACAAAGACUCCAUCAAAAACUGAUAUUAAAAGUAGCACAUCCGAACCAUUGUGUAGUUUUAAUAAUGAUAGUAAUAGCCUCAGAGAUGAAAAUAAAGCAUCUAUCAGUUCCCCGAUGCUUAGUCAUUAUAAAUAUGACUGUUCCUUUUCGCAUCAUGACAUGCCAGUUAAUUUGUCAACCAUGCCAAAUUAUCUCCCUCCUAUUGGAGUAUUCUGGGACAUAGAAAAUUGUCAUGUUCCAAAAGGAAGGUCUGCCAUAGCUGCAACGCAAGUAAUUAGGGAAAAAUUUUUUAGUGGUUAUAGGGAAGCAGAAUUUAUUGUGGUUUGUGAUGUUUGUAAAGAGAAUAGUCAGGUUGUAAAAGAAUUGAAUGAUGCUCAGGUCAAUCUAAUACAUGUUGCUAAAAGAUGCAAAAAUGCUGCUGAUGAGAAGCUUAAACAAUCUAUUAGGAGAUUUGCUGACAUUCAUGGAAGUCCAGCAGCUGUAAUUUUAAUAUCUGGCGAUAUUAAUUUUGCUGCUGAUCUUAGCGACUUGCGUUAUAGAAAGAAAAUUCAUGUGAUACUUUUACAUAUGAAGAACACGUCUGAAGCAUUAAUAGUAUGCGCUAAUGAGCAUUAUGACUUUUUAGAACUUAUGGAAUCACUGCCGUCCAGAACUGUAAAGGUUGCUGCACAUUAUGACCUUCUAGUUAGUAACCUUCCUGAAGAUCAAAAUGUUAUAUCAAUUAAACGUCGACUCAAACAAUUGUCCGAAAAUUGUGGCGGCCGAGUAAUAGAAAUUCAAUCAAAUACUGCAACUGUGCGCUUCACUUCAAAAAUCUUUGCAAUCAGGGCUCAGAAGCGUAUGGAUGGAGAAAUUGUCCUUGGUUCGAAAAUUUGUGUAAAAUUUCAAAAGGAGAAAAGAAGUAAUUUUCAUAAAAUUCAAGGAUAUUCUACAGGGAGAAACAGUACUGUAAGCGAUUCAGAAAUUGUUACUAGUUCUCCUAAACAAAUGUAUAGUGCAGGCACUUCGAUAACGGGCGGAAGGACCCUUCAUAUUCCACAUUAUCAGUCAUCAUCGCCGGUUAUUGGAACAUAUUCCGGAUGGAGUGCCCAUUGUGCUCCAGUUUCAGUGCCACCGGGAAUGCUCCAACCACCACCUGUCUAUGUUGGGAGACCAUAUUCGAAUAAUAGUAAUGUAAGUUUUAAUAGAAAUUAUAAUGAACUAUCAAGGGUCCAAUCUCCACUGCUUUGGCAAGUCUCUGGUUCUCAACAAUUUAGUCAUAUGUGGGAAGAGCAGUAUAAAGUGGAGAAAACGAAAGUACUUAGUAGAAGAAUUCAUAUCCCGCAGGUUCGGGAUAAUGGAGUAGCGAGUAAUACAUCUCGAACUCCAGAGAAUUUAAGACGUAUCAGAGGAACGCACACGUCCUUUGUUCAACCCUCUGAAUGGGUUGGAUCAAGACAACACCCUCCAUUAAAUACUUCAGUAAAUUUCAAUGGAACUGUUCAUUCUCAAUCAAAUUUUAAACGUCGCAGUCCAUCUCCAAUGUGUGAUAUACAACCACGAGAACGCCAACAGUGGAAUGGACAGAAUCAACACUCUGUAUCUAUGCGAAGUUCUAGAACGCCUUCACCUUAUGAAAAUACAGUACAAACAGGAAACCAGCAAAACAGUCAUACUUCACCUUACCAUCUAGGUGAUACAGAAAAUGAUGAAGUUGAGAAAUUUUUCAACCCGAUAAACAAUCAUAAUGGCUCUUCGAUGAGCAACGAAACGUGUACGCCUAUAGAAUUGCAAGUAACUAAUUUAGACCAAAGUAUUAAUCCAAAGAAAAUGAGACACAUGCUUGCCUCUAUUUUCUUGGAACACGUGAUGGUGUUAAAUGUUUCUAUGUUCACACAAUCGGAUGGUAACUUUGCAGCAAGCGUGAAAGUACCUUCAUUAUCAGACGCGCAGUAUGCAAUUUCUCAAUUACAUCGGCGUAAAGUAGGAUAUAAACGUAUUUUGAUAGCGUAUGCUCAUAGUGGCAGAGCAAGUCCUCAGGUUGUGCGAGCACAGAUCGUAAUGUUACUGCAAGAAGUACCCGGCCAUAAACUUCCUCUUUUCAAAUUCCGGGAAAUGUACGAGAGCCGUUUCAUGAUUUCCAUCAGCGUCUCCGAAUUGUAUAAGAUGAAAGAUGUUUGUAUCGUGACGGAAGAUCCUGGUGGUAGAAUGGUAUCCCUUAAUCCGGAUCACAGGAACACUCCAUCGCCAUGUUUCAAUACUACAACUCAGGAGGAGCAAGUAGAGCUCCCAUAUUGUACUAUUCAUACGUUAAAACCGUGGUCGGAUAAAGGAUGGGCUGAGCAGAAAGUAGCGUCACUUCCGAAUGUAAAAAUUUCAUUAAAACUUCUUGAUCCACGUAUACAUCAGUUACUUAUCACGCACAAUGGAAGUUUACCAUUACCUAGUUUGCCAAAUUGUUACGAGGCCGAAUUUAAAGAGAAAUUAGAAGUCUGUGAAAAUGGAGUACCUUUAGAACACUUAGUAUCUUGUUUAUCGUGCGUUGAAUUGAAACAAGGUAUUGGUAGUGUAAAAUAUCUUAUUUGGACGGGAAAUAAAAGUCACGAUAACAACCACGAAGAAACAAAAUGCGUGAGUCCUCCGCUUGCAAAUCAAUUAUCACUUUUUAGCCGUGAAUUAGUCGAUCUUUUAAAAACUGCUCCACAUUGCCAAUUGCCAUUUAAUCGAUUUAUACCUGCGUACCAUCAUCAUUUUGGAAGACAAUGUAGAGUGGCUGAUUAUGGAUUCACUAAACUUAUCGAUUUAUUAGAAGCUCUUACUCAUACAGUACAAGUAAUGGGCGAAGGAAACAAUCGCGUGGUAACAUUAUCUCAUCGUGCACAAGUACGUCGUUUUACGUCUGAUCUGCUAAGAGUUUUAAAGUCUAAAGCCAGUAAACAAGUAGUGCUUUCAGAAUUUCCAAGUGUUUAUUCCAGAGUAAUAGCUAAACCAUGGGAUAUCGUGGAUUAUGGUGUAUGCGAGAUGGAAGAUAUUCUUAGCGAGGUAUCAGAAAAUACUGUUGUGGUUACUACGGUCAACGGUGGAGAUAAAAUGAUAGCAAUUCCUAAACGGGAACAAACUGCGGAAGAAAUUGAGCGAACGAAACAAUUUGCUGUAGAGGUUGUAGAAUUAUUGCGACACGCGCCUCAGUGUAGGAUGCAGUUCAAUAAAUUUGUGCCAUCAUAUCAUCAUCAUUUUGGUCAUCAGUGUCGUGUAUCAGAUUAUGGUUUCACUAAAUUAAUCGAACUAUUUGAAGCUAUACCAGAUGUGGUGAAAAUAGAAGACGAUAAUUCUGGUGAAAGACAAAUUUCUUUAACAGAGAAAGAAGGUCUUCGUGUGCUUUCUGAACAGAUAUCAAAGUUAGUUACGCGAUCAAAAGGUUGCCUUAGCAUUUCAAACAUCGCGCAACAUUUCCUAAGACAAUUUGGUUAUGCAUUGAAACCAGAAUCGUUCGGAUGUUCCUCUGUAAUGCAACUAAUGCCAAAACUUGGAAGUACCGUAAAGAUUAUGUAUUUGACGACCGGACCGGCAAUUGUAAUGGUAGAUAAAUCUCAUCUGCAACAAUUGACUCUACAGUGUCGUCGGAUGUUGAUGGAUAAACCCCAAUAUAAGAUGUCAGUCAAGGAGUUUCAGCAAUUAUAUAUUCAGCAUUACUUAAAAUCGUGCAACAUAGAGGAACUGCAACAAAACUUGUCUGAUGUAGUUCAAUUUACAACGAUGAAUGACGAAGAAUUUAUCCAACUUACUCCAUUACAUUCAUUCGCUUGUAAUUUAUAUCGUGUAAUGAUGAAUUAUGGUGGAACAUUGAAAUUUUCACAGUUUGAAACUGCGUAUUUAUCUACUGUUGGUUGUGUCUGUAAACCAGCAGACUACGGUUUUCCAACAAUUUUCUCACUUCUGCAAGCUCUACCUUGUACAGUAACGAUAAAACUGUCACGGCGAAAGAAAAGUAUCAUAUAUCUGAACAAAAAAAUAGCCGCUGCUGGUAUAUCAUUACCACCAACCUAUACAUCAGCAUCGUCGUAUCGUGAUACGGAUUCUAGUAACGAAUCAUUUGAAAGCGAUUCGUCUUCUCGUGUCAACACUUUAAAUAAUUCGGUUGCAACAGAAAAGCGUGCAAAGUGGACAGGACAAACAGGCGAAAAUCAGAAUUCUUGGAAAGAGACAGAUGAGAAUAAUUUGUGGGUGAAGGAAUCGGAGAGAUCAUGGAAAUCGUCAGCUUCAGAGAAUCAGUUAGUCAGUUGGUCAUUACAGGAAAAUGGAAGCGAAAGUUUUCUUAAAAACUUGAUGCAGACAUCAAUUACAUCGCGUGGUUUUCCACCUCCACCUCCUAAACCAGAUUCUCCACCUGAGGGAAACUUGAACAAAAAUCAAUGGGAUUCAUCUGUUUGGAUGACUCCAACAAAGUUUACAUAUUCACAGGAUGAACAUACUACCAAUGUGCAGGUUCCUCCUAUUACAUUACCUCCUUCCUGGAAUCAACUCGUGUCUAGUGAUAGCGCAUCUAAUUUAUUAUCACCAACAAGGAACUUAUUACCUGCUGCAGCAAAUCCUUUAAACCCACGUACUUCACCCUACUAUUCGUCCAAAUUUAAUUUAGUCGUUGCUCCUCAUCCUUCUGAGUUGCCACUUCCUUCGUUAUCCUUAACUCCUAAAAAAGGUGUAUCAUCGGGAAACGUUACAACCGAUGAAACUUCGAUGAAUAAGUUAGAAAAUACUGUCAAUAAUUCAACGGAAGAAGCGAGUGUCAAAAGUAAUGGAAACGAUAGCAGUAACGUGGAAGAUGAUAACGAUAAGGAAAAAUACAGUACUUCUAUAAAGCAGUUAUUUACGAGUAAACGUCGUUUAGCUGCUCAGUUUAAUCGACCUAUCGAGUCGUGA